AUGGUCAACCUAAAUUGGCCAGAACGGAAGAGAAGCAAACCAACGACAGAAGCUAGUUCCAGCAGAGACAGAAGAGUUAUGAGGGAGACUAGUCAAAGGCCAAAGGCAACCAUCUCGGCUGGGGUAGUGCUUUGCAGUACUUCCAGAGACCAGUUAUGCCAGAAAAGGGAAGAAUCCGAAAGUACUCCCUUAGACAGAACGAACAACCUGCCAGCCACAAAAGUAAAAGCAAAAUCUCCAAGCAGAUCCUCUAUCCAUAUUGCCUCAUCCUCAGUCAAUCAGUUUGAGCCUUCACAAGCACAAGGUGAAUCCGAACCUAUUCCAGUAGAAGAACAAGAAGACUGGACUGAAGAGUAUGAAGAGGAGCAACUAGACUAUGAACCAUCUGCAGAUGACCAGAAUAGACUCCUCGAAACAGAAGAACAGGAAGAUUGGACAGAAGCAUAUGGGGAAGAACAGAUGGAGUAUGAUGGAGAACUAGAUGAAGAAACAGAGGCUUUUGGUGCAGAAUUGGAAAGCUUGUUGCAAGGAGAUCUGGGCAUCAAUAUGGUCUUUGUCUUGCCAGAAGAAUUCAGGGCAACAGAGUGGCAAGAAAACACAUUGGAGGGAGAUGUUAUCUCCCAGGAAAGCUUUGAGUGCAGAUUGGCAGAAGUAGAAGAGGCACUAGAACAACAAACACCUACUGCCAAGACAGGCGAAACUGCCCUGAAACCAGCUACAGAACAACUUUGCUUCUCCAAACCAACCAAGGAGAUGGCCAAUCACCUCAAACCUCUGUUCAUAACAGCAAACUUUGGGGGUAUUCCUAUUCCCAAAGUGAUGGUAGAUGGAGGUGCAGCCAUUAAUCUUUUACCCCACAGAUUGUUGAGUAAGAUGGGAAGAACAGAGAAGGAUCUAAUUCCAACACGUUUGACUGUCACCAACUUUGCUGGGAGCAUCACCAAGACUCAUGGAAUCCUAUAUGUGGAUGUCAUAAUUGGAACCAAAGAAUUAAAGAUUGCAUUCUUUGUGGUAGACACCACUUCUACCACUUAUAAUGCACUGCUUGGCAGGGAUUAG